CUGGCUGAAAGCCGUGAAGGACCGAAGACGGAAAAGGGAGAGAGUCGCUCAUCCCUGUUUCUGUACACUCUCUGUUCUUCUCUGUCGCCCCAGCUCAGCUGCCGUUGAAGCGACCGAGCCGAGUGUCAUGUCGAGGUUCGGACGACACGGAGGAGAAACUAAGGUUUACAUUGGUAACCUUGGGACGGGUGCAGGGAAAGGAGAACUAGAGCGGGCGUUCAGUUAUUAUGGACCUUUGAGAACAUUGUGGAUUGCUAGGAAUCCUCCAGGGUUUGCCUUUGUGGAGUUUGAAGAUCCGAGGGAUGCAGAAGAUGCUGUCCGCGGCCUGGAUGGAAAGGUAAUCUGUGGGUCCCGAGUUCGAGUUGAGCUGUCAACAGGAAUGCCGAGGCGCUCCCGGUACGACCGGCCCCCCACCCGCCGCCCUUUCGACCCCAACGACAGGUGCUACGAAUGUGGCGAGAAGGGCCACUACGCUUACGACUGUCACCGCUACAGUCGCCGUCGGCGGAGCAGGUCCCGGUCGCGGUCGCGCUCCCGCUCACACUCCAGGUCCCGGGGGAGGAGGUACUCCCGCUCGCGCAGCCGCAGCCGCGGCAGAAGGUCAAGAUCGUUUUCUCCAAGGAGGUCUAGAUCCGUAACCCCCAAGAGAUCAAGGUCGAGAUUGAGAUCCAGAUCAAGGUCUCGAUCAGGCUCGCGUCAGAGGAGCAGGUCCAGCUCUGGCGGUAGAUCCAAGUCGAGUUCUCCAACCAAGAGCCGAUCAAAGUCUAGAUCACCUCAAAAGAGAAGCCGGUCCCCUUCAGGAAGCCCACGAAGGAGCGAAAGUCCAGACAAAGAUGAUUAAACUUUUUAUUAAACCUUAUCUUUUAGGAAUUUGUUUACAAUAACAGUAAGGAAUUUUGUCUCUGAGAAUAUAGUUUCAGAGUGUGUUGGUUUUUGUUCUUCCUGGUUUGUACUGCAUUUUUUGACUUUCUAGAAACAGUAACACACUGAAUCCCCAAAACUGAUUUUUGUUUGAAAGGGAUGCAGUAUAUUUCUAUUUUAAAAGUGGUUGUGUGAUGCUGUAGGAAAUGUGUAUGAGCCCCCCCCCCCUUUUUUUUUUUUUUUUUGUAUGUGUACAUUAAAGUUUGACUUGUAGCUAAACUAUGCGUGGAGAAUGUGGUAUGUGAACGACUUGUCCGGGAUCCGCGGUCGCUGUUGCCGAGCCCAGCCCAGCCCAUCGGUCUGCGUCAUAUUUUGCGUUUUUGUCCAUCUUUCCAAAACUGGCAGUGCGCUCUAAUAAAGCGAUGGAUG